AUGUUCAGUCCCCCGGUAUAUCUCUCUAUUGGCGAUGAGUAUGAUAAAUCGCCGCGCAGCACAACUUCACAACCGGUGAAAACCGGCGGAAAAACAUUUGUGGUUCCGAUGAAGCGAUCUCCUCACAUCACCGAUGCGGUCUUUCAAAAGCCGUUCGUCUCACUCGCCGUUGGUGAUGAGUACGUCGCGGUGCCGCCCGGCGGUACGUUCCGGCAGCCACUCGACAGCAAAAAACGCGGUGGGCCGCCGCCGGUGCCAUUCAAGCCGCCGAGCCGCCCGCACAAGUCGAACGGCAGCGGCACACAUUACGGCACCUUCAGCGAGUCCAACCCGCCGCGGCACGAGGCCGAACUGCCGCUCAUCCCAUCGAAGAAGCCCGGCGCCGACGCCAGCGGCAAGCCAGAGUUGCCAAAGCGUAAGAUCUACACAAAUCCUGGAAAGAAGGGAACCUACGGAUAUACCGGUCUCACUAUCGGCAAGGCAGGGGAGGUGCAGUACAUAUCGGACCCAGUGGGAGGCGCAACAACACAACGCCCCACCGCCCCACGCCCACAACAGCCGUUUAAGGCCGCCGUGAAGUCUGGUGGUUGCUUUGAUGAGAGUCCAUACGGAUUCAGCACCGUGUAUGGUAUUAACAAGCCCCUUCCACCCAAAAAAACACAGACACCACGUCCACCACCGGAGGUAAAGCCGUGGAGACCCGGUGGUGCACUCGUGAAGGACAUUACAAAGGUGCCAGAGUAUCAAGAAGAUCCGUAUGAUUUGAAGGAAAAACGAAUCCGCGAAGAACGACAGAAGGAGCAGAGUUAUAAGCCAUGGCUCCCAUCAGGUAAUGAUCCGUACCGUCAUAUCUACAAUUACCCUGUGCAGUACGAUCCUCCGCCGGUAGAAUAG